AUGAAGGAGCUUAUAACAGUGACCCUUCACGUGUUAUUCACUGAUCCAUUUUCAAUUACAAAAAGCCUUCUCCAAACCAUGGGUCACACCCCUUUUUUUCUGUUGUCAAAUCUUCAAAGCUUUUGGCCUUCUUUGUUUGUUAUAAUCACUUGCUUCACCAUUGUCAUCAAAACCCUAAGGUCUAACUUCAUCGAGAAUUAUUCCAAGAGACAAAAGCGAAACCUUCCCCCUGGUCCCAAACCAUGGCCUAUAGUUGGCAACCUUCCUGAAAUGCUUGCAAACAAACCUGUGUAUAAGUGGAUACACAGCCUCAUGAAAGAAAUGAACACUGAAAUUGCAUGUAUCCGCUUAGGAAAUUCCUAUGUUAUCCCAGUCACAUGUCCCACCAUUGCUAGUGAGUUCUUGAGAAAACAAGAUGCAACUUUUGCAUCAAGAUCACUAAGCAUGUCCUCUGAACUCCUCUCAGGUGGAUAUUCAACCACAAUUUUUGUGCCCUUUGGGGACCGGUGGAAGAAAAUGAAGAAAAUCAUAACCAAUGAUUUGCUUUCUCCACACAAGCACCUAUGGCUUCAUGACAAAAGGACUGAAGAAGCUGACAACCUUAUGUUUUACGUCUACAACAAGUGCAAAAUGGUGAACGAUGGUGUUUCUGGCCUUGUCAAUGUUAGGAGUGCUUCAAGGCUUUAUUGUGGAAACCUUAUCAGAAAAAUUACUUUUAAUACAAGGUAUUUUGGGAAGGGUAGAGAGGAUGGAGGACCUGGUUUUGAGGAUGUAGAGCAUGUUGAUACCCUCUUUGAUUUGCUCAACUACAUUUAUGCCUUUUCUGUUUCUGAUUAUAUGCCAUGCUUGAGGGGACUUGACUUGGAUGGCCAAGUGAAGAAAAUGAAGGAAGCUUUGAGGAUCGUCAAGAAGUACCAUGACCCCAUCGUUCAACAGAGAAUCAAACAAUGGAAUGAUGGAUUGAAGGUUGAUGCAGAGGACUGGCUUGAUGUUCUGAUCUCUCUGAAAGAUGCCGACAAUAACCCAUCGUUAACAUUGGAAGAGAUCAAUGCGCAAAUCAUAGAAUUGAUGCUUGCAACGGUGGACAAUCCAUCAAAUGCUUUUGAAUGGGCCCUCGCUGAGAUGAUAAACCAACCUGAGUUGCUCCAUCGAGCUGUUGAAGAAUUGGACAGUGUGGUAGGAAAAGACAGGCUGGUCCAAGAAUCAGACAUACCAAAACUCAACUAUGUGAAGGCUUGUGCAAAAGAAGCUUUUCGCCUUCAUCCCAUUGCUCCUUUUAUUCCUCCCCAUGUCUCUAUGAGUGACACAAUGGUGGGAAAUUACUUCAUCCCAAAGGGUAGCCAUGUGAUUCUAAGCAGACAAGAACUUGGAAGAAACCCAAAAGUGUGGAAUGAACCCUACAAGUUCAAACCUGAACGUCACAUCAAGAGUGAUGGAUCUGAUGUAGUGUUAACAGAGCCACAUUUGAAGUUCAUAUCAUUUAGCACUGGAAGGCGUGGCUGUCCUGGUGUGAUGCUUGGAACCACAAUGACAGUGAUGCUAUUUGCUAGAUUGCUCCAUGGAUUCACUUGGAGUGCACCACCCAAUGUUUCAACGAUCAACCUUGCUGAGUCAGAAAAUGAUAUCCUUCUUGCACAACCACUUCUGGCAAUUGCUAAGCCAAGAUUAGCACCAAAUCUAUACCAACUCUAG